GGCGUGGGUCGGCCUCUAUCCAGUCGGGGCGGAGCCCACAGCGGGCUGCCAGAGCUUAGAGGCCCAGGCGUUCUCAGCCAUGGGCAGGGGGUCCCCGAGAACGCAGGGGUUGCUGCUGCUGCUGCUGCUGCUGUCKCCUUGGCCAGUGCCCUGUGCCUUCGUGCUUCCAGGAAACACUCCUGGGGAGCCUGUUACUCCCCAGUGGGUCUUGGAUGGACGACCCUGGCKCAGAGUUACCCUGGAAGAGCCGAUCUUGAAACUCAACUCGGGCUUGGUGGUCUUGGAGGCUGAAGGCCAGGAGCUCCUGCUUGAGUUGGAGAAGAACCACAGGCUGUUGGCCCCAGGAUACACAGAAACCCACUACAGCCCAGAUGGGCAGCCAGUGGUGCUGGUCCCCAACCACACGGAUCAUUGUCACUACCAUGGGCAUGUGAGAGGCUUCCCUCAUUCUUGGGUAGUCCUCAGCACCUGCUCUGGGAUGAGGGGCCUAAUCAGGCUCAGCAGCAAUGCCAGCUAUUAUCUGCAUCCUUGGCCAUCUGAGGAUUCUGAGGACCUCUCAACCCACAAGAUCUUCCGCAUGGAUCAACUGCUCACUUGGAAAGGGGCCUGUGGCUACAGGGACCUCAAGGACAAACCAGAAAUGGCCAGCCUUCUUCCUGCCCUCCAGAGCAGGGAGAGGCGAGAGUCCCACAGGAGUCCGAGGUACCUGGAGCUGUACAUAGUGGCAGACCACACCCUGUUCUUGAUCCAGCACCGGAACUUGAACCACACCAAACAGCGUCUUUUAGAAGUUGCCAGUUAUGUGGAACAGAUUCUUAGGACUCUGGACAUUCAGUUGGUGCUGACUGGCCUGGAGGUGUGGACUGAGCAGGACCACAGCCGCGUCACGCCUGACGCGAAUGCCACGCUCUGGGCCUUCCUGCAGUGGCGCCGGGGGGUGUGGACUCGGCGGCCACACGACUCAGCGCAGUUGCUCACGGGCCGCACCUUCCAGGGCACCACUGUGGGCCUGGCGCCAGUCAAUGGCAUGUGCCGCGUCGACAGCUCUGGAGGCGUGACCAUGGACCACUCGGAGCUCCCCAUUGGCCCUGCUGCCACCAUGGCCCACGAGAUAGGGCACAGCCUUGGCCUCAGCCAUGACCCAGACGGCUGCUGCGUGGAGGCCAUGGCAGACGAGGGCGGCUGCGUGAUGGCGGAGGCCACUGGGCACCCGUUCCCGCGCGUAUUCAGCGCCUGCAGCCGCCGCCAGCUGCGCGCCUUCUUCCGAAAGGGAGGUGGCGCGUGCCUUUCAAAUGCCCCGGACCUUAGGCUCCUGUUGCCGUCGGCGCGCUGCGGGAACGGCUUCGUGGAGGCCGGCGAAGAGUGCGACUGUGGCUCCAGCCAGAAGUGCCCGGACCCCUGCUGCAUCGCCCAUAACUGUUCACUGCGUGCGGGGGCCCAGUGCGCUCACGGGGGCUGUUGCUCCGGCUGCCUGCUGAAGCCAGCAGGCACGCCAUGUCGCCAGGCUGCAGGCGACUGUGACCUCCCCGAAUUCUGCACGGGAACCUCCCCACACUGUCCCCCGGACAUUUACCUACUGGAUGGUUCGCCCUGCGCCAAUGGCAGAGGCUACUGCCGGGAUGGCGCAUGCCCCACGCUGGAGCAGCAGUGCCAGCAGCUCUGGGGGCCUGGGUCCCGCCCAGCCCCAGAGGCCUGUUUCCAGAUGGUGAACUCUGCGCGAGAUGCCCAUGGUAACUGUGGCCAGGACAGCGACAGCGGCUUCCUGCCUUGUGCACAGAAGGAUGCUCAGUGUGGGAAGCUGCAGUGCCAAGGUGGGGAGUCGAGUCCACGGGUGCCAUACAUGGUGCCGGUGGACUCCAUGGUUCCCUUAGAGGGUGGUGAGGUGGCCUGUCGUGGAGCCUUGGCGCUUCCAGAAGCCCAGCUGGAUCUACUUGACUUGGGCCUGGUAGAGGCGGGGACCCAGUGUGGACCUAAAAUGGUGUGCCAGGACAGGCGCUGCCAGAAUGCUACCUUCCAGGAAUUGGAGAACUGCCUGACUGCCUGCCACAACCGGGGAGUUUGCAAUAGCAACCAUAAUUGCCACUGUGCUCCGGGCUGGGCCCCACCCUUCUGUGACAAGCCUGGCUUGGGUGGUAGUGUGGACAGUGGCCCUGUGCAGCCUGAAAAGAAGGAUGCCUUCCUGCUAGCCAUGCUCCUCAGCUUUCUACUGCCUCUACUCCCUGGGGCAGGCCUGGCCUGGUGCUGCUACCGGCUCCCAGGAUUCCAUCUCCAGCAAUGCCCUUGGGGCUGCAGGAGGGAUCUCUUGUGCAGUAGGCCCAAAGAUGGCUCAUGCAAGGAUAACCCCCUGGGCAGUGUUUACUCCAUGGAGUUGGGCCCCACAGCCACUGGAGAGUCCCAGGCCCUGGACCCUGUGAACUCUCCAGAGCCCAACAGCCACCCUGAGAAGUCUGUGCCCUAUAGCUCUGCCUGA